UUGGGGGUGACCUCUCCACCUCGACGUCGUCGUCGUUGUUGGUGUCUUGUCGUACCGCGAUUCGUGUUUAUUACCUACCUACUCACUCGCUAAGUGAAAGACAAUCGUGACAUCGUAUCUUAUAUUAUUUUGUCAUAGGUGGUUCAUAGUUCGGUCAGCUACCUGUCGCGAAUAUAAUAUUUUAUUUACUUUUUUUGUUACCCAUGACUACUACUCCUGUAAAUCCCAUAUAGACGUGACACGUUCGUUUACAUUGCAACAUUGGAGCAAUCGAUUCACCUAGUUUAUACGCGGAAUUUAUGACAUACUUUUCCGGGACACGGGAGUCUCAAACGUACUCAUUCCUGACACGGACAAACAAGGCUAGAUUGCAAGCUUAUGACAAAUUGUUACAAAAAUGUCCAAGUUGGCGUUAAUGCAAGCUCGAUUUCAGGAGAAACAAAUGCAACAAAAGGAGGAGAAACUAUUGCGACUUUUAGAAAAUCAGCAACAACGAACAAUGGAACGAAUUAACAGGGGAAGUCCAGUUAACACCACUAACGAGUCACAUAAAACGAGUUACAUGGUUUCGCACAACUCUUCCACGGCAACUAAAGGAAAGGUGCGACAAAUGUUUGACGAAAGGCGUCAAAAAGCUGGUAUAGAUAGAAAUCAUCCAUUAGAACCUCUUAAAACGUCAAAAUCAACAUCUUUAAACGGAUUCGUUAAAUCUCCUGUGCGCAACGACUCGAAAAUGGAAAGAAAUAACAAUAGCGGCGUCCUACGAACCACCAUUAGGACUACUGUGCAAAACAAAAUUUUUAAGAGCCGAAAUGGUAAACCUGUGGUAAACGAGAAAAAGGUUUUUAGAAGUCUCUAUACGAAUAAUAACGGUAAAGAAGCUAUUCAAGAAGAAUGUUACGUCGAAAAUAACAAUUCGAUCGAUAAAAGUUUGGCAAGUAGAAUGAACAGUAUUCAAAUAGGCGAUGGUUUGGAAAAUCAAGAGCUUCCGAACGUUAGACUUGACUUGUAUGACGAUAAAGGAGAUAUUUAUUCGAAAGGAAAUGAAAUGAAUCAUUUCGAAAAGAACGGGAUCGCAAUUCAUAAACCAGACCCUGUAGCUCCAAAAAAAGAAUCAAAGCCUAUCGUUAGGACAACACAGACAAGGAUACAAAAAUCACCGGGUGGAAGUUCUUUUAAUCAAAAUCCAACCACUCUUCGGUCCUUAUCAGGAACAACCACCCCCGUCAAGCAACUAUCAUCACACAGCAACUCGAAUCGAAAUCUCACCUCUAAUACUCUAACUUCACCAACAGUUUCACCGUCAGGAAGUAAUAAGACAAGCGCAACCAGUAUGUCUCAACCUAAGGUGAAGUCGGCAAAUAAUAACAAAGCACCCUCAACCGCAAGGCCGUCAGCUAAACCAAGACAACCGCCAUCCGCAGUUGUGAGGGAUGAUCUUGAACAGUGUAAAUAUUGUGGAAGACGUUUCGUCGUUGAUAGGUUACAACUUCAUGAAGAAAUCUGUGCGAGGGCCGGUAAAAAACAACGUAAAACUUAUGACUCAACAAAACACAGGGUUCAAGGAACUGAACUGGAGCAAUUCGUUCGUAAAAAAAAACCGGGAAAGGGUGCAAACAAGAUACUACCGGAAGCGAAUUGGCGUAAAAGACACGAAGAAUUCAUAGCCACCAUCCGGGCAGCAAAAGUAACCCAGGCGCACCUGGCAAAAGGUGGUAAACUAUCGGAUUUACCCCCACCACCACCUUCAUACAACCCAGAUUAUGUACAGUGCCCUCAUUGCGGUAGAAGAUUUAAUCAAGCGGCUGCUGAACGUCAUAUACCCAAAUGUGCCACAUAUGAGUUUAAUAAACCAAAGCCAAAAGCCCCAUCCAAAUCAUCAGCCUCAACGAAAUCUGGAGGAAGCUACUAAAAAUGUCAUCGACACCGAAAUUCUUACAAUAUACACGAAUAUAAAUAGAUUAUAUUACAUACUAUCAAUUUGCCAAACGAUCUGCCAAGAGAUACUUACUGUUAGAUACAUUUCAAUUUUUUGUGCGAAAUUUUAUGCUAAGAACAAACUAUACGCAAAACUAAAUCGGGUGUGAUUUAAUCAAAUUCUAUUUAUAAUUAAGCUCGCUUUUGCUUUUUUAAUUUGUAACAAAAAGUUUGAAAACACGACAAUUUAUACGCCGAAAAAUUGACAUUUUUGGUUAAUAUUAUAAACAGCAUAUACAUAAAUGUAUAUAAAUAAAAACACUAAUGAACUCA